UCUUCUGUGUGAUACACUGUACUUUGUUGCUUUUCAGAUGACUGGCAUUUCCUGAAGUGUUCCUUUUGACAAGAUCUGCCUCCAAAAACAAACCCCUACUUCCCAUGACACCACCUUGGUUUGCCUCCCGUAGGUUCUCCUUUCUAAUGUGAUUUAUGUUAUUAUAUUACCCUAGGCUUGUCAGAAAUCUUACUGUCAGGCCUCAGGUGUUUGCUGUUUUAUUUUACUUAUUUUUUGGCUGAGGAAAUAGAGGUUAAGUUACUCUUCCAAGCUCGUGGAUUAUUGGGAACACUGGGCCCGCAAGCCCUGUGGAUCGGUUUGUGUCUUAGGUGACUUCUUCUGUAGUGCUGGUCAGGAGCAGUACGGUCAGUCUUUGAGUGAUUACUCUGCCACGUUGUGACUCAAGUGUCUUUAAGUCUGGGAUCUAGACCUCUAUGUUGUUCUUGAGUUUGGAGCUUUGAAUGGACUCUGCUUUGAGCUCAUGGCUCCGACACAGCACGGCCGAUACUGAGUUCAUAUCUUUGUUCUCAGGCUGACCUCACUUCAUAUUAACUGCAGUUACUCAGUGGAGUAACCAUUCUUUUUGUGCCUGAUAGCAAGGAUGUCAGCCUCAUCUCUGAUUGGUCUCUUUUCGUGUGCCAUGUCUCACGGUCCCCAGAGACCAGAGUCUGUUCCAGGCAUCCCCCCCACUGCCCCUAUUCUGAUGAGUGGAUUGCAUCACUUGAUGCUGGUUCUUUUUCGUUGGUCUCCUGUUGAACUUUGUGUAUUCUCUCCUUACCUUGCAGUCUACCUGCUAUGCUAUCCUCCAGUGUCUUAGAGUCACAUGAUGUGACUCAUCAGAACCAGCUACUCAGACAGUCACAACGUGUCAUCAUGUACACUUUAUGGAUCCAAGACCAUGAUGCAUUUUACUCUCCUGGGAUACACUGUGAGCAAGGCCAGUGCUGCCAUCCUCCUGUUCCCGGUUAAAGCAACAUGGGCUUCGUACCAGGCCCUGUUGGAGCCCCGUCCCCUCUACGACAUCUUCCAUUUUUACUCCAGUUCAUUCCAGACCAUGGUUGCAUUCCUGCUAGCUUGUCAUCAGUAGUGGGUCAUCUUGCACCUGUGUUCUGACUGGGCCGUGAUGGACUCCCAGGCGGAUACAACCGGAGAAGAAUCCCCGUUCUGCCAGUGGCAUCCAAGUGGCAGACACAUGUUGACUGAUUCAUAGCUCUGGUCAUUUUGAGCGUUGUAAUAAUUUAAUUAAAAAUGAAGAAAGCCAGUAGAAACCAUAGGAAUAAUACUGCAGUCUUGUUCCACGAAGCCUUACCUUGUCCUUUUCCUUGUCAGGUUUGUUUGCUAUCAUCUGGCAUCGAAUGCUGGUGAAUAUUUGUGACAUUGUGUUCUGCUCCUGUAAGCAUGCUGUCUGAAGCCCGCAGGGGCCGUCCCUGACCCGGGGUUCCUCGAUGCACAAAGCAGGGUCAUCAGAAGCCUCUCGAUUCAAAAGAUGAUAAUCCUGAAAAACACUGCCCCGUGACAGUGAACCCAUGGCAUAUGAAGAAAGCUUUUAAAGUCAUGAAUGAAUUAAGAAGUCAGAACUUGCUGUGUGAUGUGACCAUCGUGGCAGAGGACACGGAGAUCUCCGCACACAGAGUGGUGCUGGCCGCCUGCAGCCCUUACUUCCACGCCAUGUUUACAGGUGAGAUGAGUGAGAGCCGAGCAAAGAGAGUCCGCAUCAAAGAGGUGGAUGGCUGGACGCUGAGGAUGCUAAUUGAUUAUGUUUACACUGCAGAAAUUCAGGUCACAGAAGAAAAUGUCCAGGUACUUCUCCCGGCAGCUGGCCUGUUGCAGUUACAGGACGUGAAGAAGACCUGCUGUGAAUUUUUGGAAUCCCAGCUUCACCCUGUCAACUGCUUGGGAAUCCGAGCUUUUGCGGAUAUGCACGCAUGCACAGACCUCCUGAACAAGGCCAACACCUACGCAGAGCAGCAUUUUGCUGAUGUCGUGCUAAGUGAAGAAUUUCUCAAUCUUGGCAUUGAACAGGUGUGCAGCUUGAUCUCAAGUGACAAACUCACCAUUGCCUCAGAGGAGAAGGUGUUUGAAGCUGUAAUAGCAUGGGUGAACCAUGAUAAGGAUGUGAGGCAAGAGUUCAUGGCUCGGCUGAUGGAACACGUGCGCUUACCUUUGCUUCCCCGGGAGUACCUGGUUCAGAGGGUGGAAGAGGAGGCGCUGGUCAAGAACAGCAGUGCCUGCAAAGAUUACCUCAUUGAAGCGAUGAAGUACCACCUGCUGCCCAGCGAGCAGCGCGUGCUGAUGAAGAGCGUACGGACGCGCCUGAGGACGCCCAUGAACCUUCCCAAACUGAUGGUGGUGGUUGGGGGCCAAGCACCAAAGGCUAUCCGAAGCGUGGAAUGCUACGACUUCAAGGAGGAACGGUGGCACCAAGUCGCGGAAUUGCCUUCCAGGAGGUGCAGGGCAGGGAUGGUCUACAUGGCUGGGCUGGUUUUCGCCGUUGGCGGCUUCAAUGGCUCGCUUAGAGUCCGAACUGUGGAUUCCUAUGACCCCGUGAAGGACCAGUGGACCAGCGUGGCUAACAUGCGAGACCGCAGAAGCACCCUGGGGGCCGCCGUGCUGAACGGCCUGCUCUACGCCGUGGGCGGCUUUGAUGGCAGCACAGGUUUAUCGUCUGUGGAAGCGUAUAACAUCAAAUCCAACGAGUGGUUCCACGUGGCUCCGAUGAACACCAGGAGGAGCAGUGUGGGUGUGGGUGUUGUUGGAGGCUUGCUCUAUGCAGUGGGGGGUUAUGAUGGAGCCUCCAGGCAGUGUCUCAGCACCGUGGAGAGCUACAACGCCACAACCAAUGAGUGGACCUACAUAGCAGAGAUGAGUACGCGGCGCAGUGGAGCCGGAGUUGGUGUAUUGAACAACUUGCUGUAUGCCGUGGGAGGCCACGAUGGCCCUUUAGUACGAAAAAGUGUCGAAGUAUAUGACCCCACCACCAAUACCUGGAGGCAGGUUGCAGAUAUGAACAUGUGCCGAAGAAAUGCAGGUGUUUGUGCAGUGAAUGGCCUGUUAUAUGUGGUUGGUGGAGAUGACGGCUCUUGUAACCUGGCAUCAGUGGAGUACUAUAACCCAACUACCGACAAGUGGACGGUCGUGUCUUCGUGUAUGAGCACAGGGAGGAGCUAUGCAGGAGUCACAGUUAUUGAUAAGCCACUAUGAAGGGCGUCCUGAGCAGAGUCACCCACGAGGAAAAGGCUUCCACAAGCAUUUCUGCAGUGACUGGGCAUCUAGCACUUCUCCACUUGUAGCUGCACUUUAAGUCUCAGCAGAAGACAAGCUCUCUGCCUUUCUAGGCCUCGGUUCCUGAAGAUUAUUUUCGGUCGAAGCACCGUGUGGGCUCUUCCUGCACUGAGCAGCAGCUGGCUGGAUUUCAGCGAGAACCCCGGGCUGCCGGCCUCCCCCUGGAGUUCUCAGACUCUGGCUUUCCUAAAGACCACUUCUUUUCAUCCGGGAGUGACCAGCGAUUAUUCUGUGAGGAGGAGGAAGUAAUAUGUGUUCUUGUAAAAUUAAAUUUAAUCUUUAUUCCUUAUCUUGAAAAUCUGUAUACCCGGGAACUGAAAAUCUCUGAGCAGAUAUUAAAAUCCGUGUAAGUAUACAAGCUAGUGGAGGGAUAACACUGUUUGCUUUUAUAAAAUAUCUUUGAUUACAUGAAUAUAAUAAAUUGUGUGCAUAUAAAUGUGUGUCUAUAUGCUUUCCUUUAAAUAUGUUUGAAAAGAUGUUUGAAACUUGAUUAUACUAUUUAUAAUUGGCACAGUACUUUGAAUUAUGCCAGUACUACAUUGUAAAACAGAGUUGUAUUUUUUGAUAUUUAACAAUGCUUAACACUUUAAAAUGCCACUUCUGAGGAAUGAACAUGGUGUGACACACUUGAACAUGUGUGAUGCCAAACUUUUUUAAAUAAAAGAUAAAUAAUGCCUAUUUAUUAUUUUCUUUAGUUUAAUCUUGGUCAUGUUUUGGUGUGUAUUUUUAAUUUUUUUGUUAAAGUAACACUUUGGCAUGAACAUUACUGCAGGUUUUUGAUGAAUAUAAUGGAUGUCUGGAAUUCAACUGAAUUUGCAUGGUCUUAAGACAUUUUUCUGUGUAUAAAUUUAGCUGCUGUUAACAGAAGAAAGAACUUCCUGUAAGUAGCCAUUGUGCAUCGAUCAGAUUCAACCUUUCUGAGCUCUUCAACUAGUCUCACUUUAAAACAAUGACCAAAACAUGUCUUUCUGGAAUUAUCUUUGAAUAAAAGUUUGUAUAUUAUUUGUUUCACAA